AUGCUCGCCGGUGCCUUCGCGGGGAUAGCGGUAUGUUUGUUCGACGUGAGCACGGUGUUCGUGGUUGGGUAUACGAAGCUGACGGGUGCGGCUGAAAAAAAAGGAACAUUCGGUUAUGUAUCCUGUCGAUUUGUUAAAGACCCGCAUGCAGAUAUUGCAUCCGUCGGCAGGAGGAUUGUACACGGGCUUGACGAACGCGGUUUCUACGAUCUACCGAAUCGAAGGCUGGCGGACCUUAUGGAAGGGCGUGUCGAGUGUGAUAGACCUGCUCACGCCGUGUAUUUUGGCACGUACGAGCUUGUUAAGGAGCUUGCUGGAGGAAAUGUGGACGAUGGUCACCAUCCAGUUGCUGCAGCUCUUAGCGGAGCCGCCGCGACGAUCGCCAGUGAUGCGCUCAUGAAUCCUUUCGAUGUCAUCAAGCAACGUAUGCAAGUCCAUGGCUCGGUGCAUAAGAGCAUCGCCCAGUGUGCACGGGCUGUCUAUAAGGCAGAGGGCCUGCAUGCCUUCUACGUCUCCUAUCCUACAACGCUCUGCAUGACCGUCCCUUUUACCGCUACUCAAUUCGUGGCAUACGAGUCGAUAUCGAAGAUCAUGAACCCGAAGAAGGAAUAUGAUCCCUUCACGCAUUGUAUCGCAGGCGGCCUGGCCGGUGCGGUCGCCGCUGGAAUCACGACGCCUCUGGAUGUGAUCAAGACGCUGCUCCAAACGCGUGGACUCGCAGAGGAUCGCGAGAUCCGCUCCGCCACAGGCCUCUUCAACGCGGCUGCCAUCAUCAAGCGCCAGUUUGGAUGGAGGGGAUUCCUGCGCGGGAUGCGUCCCAGGAUCAUCUCUACGAUGCCUAGCACUGCGAUCUGUUGGCAGCGUUUACCCAGAAGACCCGAGUCUUCAAGGGAAACAAUCGACCAUGAUGAUCCCGGCAGUCUGACAAGGCUGUCGGACGCGAUGCUUCCUAGAUCUCCCUCCUCUCGCAUCUCUUCGCUUCUUGCAGUGUACAUUUUGGUCACGAUUCCAAAAGGAACGCAUGUGGAUGACUCCUGCCGUCUCUGCUUCAUAUCGUCCGGACCGGUUCGUCCUAUCACCGGUUCUCGCCGCGUCGCAGAGACCUGGCUGCAAGCGGGACUGUCCGCUAUUCCUUCCCCUCCAGCCUCGACGAGAGCCAACGACGUCACGCGAGGCAGAUUGCCAGAUCCACCGCGACAGCUGCUAAUUGCAGCCUCACCCACCGAAUCUGAGACAACAGCCCUUUUUUUAGCCAGACUGGCAGAAAGAAAGACCAACUCAAUUCAGGACGAAAGGAGGAGGAAAAAAAAGAAUCUGAAGAUUGCUCCGGACUUUAGUUUAGGAUCGCCUGCGUCUUCGAUGCAGAAGACGUACGAUGAGUGCUACCUGCUGUGCUCGACUGCCGUCUACUUUGAGGGACAGAACAAUGAAGCAGAAGCGCUGCGAUCCUGGCGCUCAGCCCUGGAGACGAUCUACUACCAUAAUGCCUAUCGAGUACCUCCCAACUACAUCCCCAAGACAGAGACAGAAAAGGCCCUUCAGGAAUCCAUCCGUGAGCUGGAGCUUCAAUGCAAGGAGCGGGUCGAUCUAUUAGAAGCUCUCCAGGAGAGCAGGAAAGAGGCCCGAGAAAAGGACGAAGAGAGAGAUGGCAGGCAAGGCUCCUCGCGAUCGCGAUUGGAGAAGGGCAAGCGGCCGUCAAGUGGGAGCAAUGUUAGUACGCCUGGGUGGAUCGGCGAAGGGACGAUACCGGCUGUGGAUUACUUGGAUCUGUCAAAACCGUCGUUUCUUUCUGCGAGGUCGACAGAGUCGUCUAAGUCGGGAUUGCACCCGCAAUUGCAGAGGUCGCACAGUGGUGAUCCCUCGCCGUCCUCGCCGGCUUCGCAAAAGCCUGCGUCGCCCUCUCCAACGUUAUCAGGACCCAGUACUCCGCUUGCGAAAUCCACGUCGCGUGGAUCAAGCCCAGAAAGGCGGAAAGUGAUGCUCACUACCCUGCGCCCGAAGGAUUCUUCCAAGAAGUCUUCCAAGAGCAAGGCCUCCAGUAGCCAGAAUGGGACACGCCCAGCUGCCUGGAAGGCGGCUGGGCUAGCUUGGGGUGCCAGCAACCAUGCCUUCUCGUCCGAAAAAGGACACAAUCCACGAUACAGCACAUCUAGCGACUCAGAGGCGAAGAAAGAGCCGGAUGUCAGACUCCCGUCCAAUGGCGAGACUACCAACAGAGUUGGCCGAAGACAGACACCAGACUACACCCCAAGCUCCAGUCGGAGAGAUCCGCAACUUUCAGAACAGUUUCAUGGAAAAAGCUCGACUGGUGUGAUGUCACAGUCACCUUCUCAUGGCUCAAUGGAUCAAUUCGAACCAGCUGCAUCACAUAGAACACCAACCAAACCAAUUCCACCUCCAAAGCCUCCUGCAUAUCGCAAAGAGCAAACUUCGAAACCAAUGCCCAACGACAGGAACAUCGAUCCUCCCGUUAACCGAUCCCCCUCUAGCUCGCAGACUUUGUCUAAGCUCGACAGUGUCAAGUCAUCGGCAUCAACACAGCGGGCGUUGAGCUCUACACCCAGCAACAGAUUCUCUACAGAGAACUCGUCUCCUAGCGGCGAGGAACGGUUUAAUAGGACGCGGAGGCUAGAUGCUGAUGUAACAAACCGUGGGUCUUCUGCCGGACGGAAAACGCGACCAGAGAAUGUCAAACCCAGGGUGACGCCACCUUCGAGCGACCAGGAAUCAUUAGAUGAGAGUUCUUCUGGUAAUGAGACAGACGAUGGAAUUCGAGACAUAAUGAAGAAACUUCCGAAAGGCGUCGACGCCAAUUUGGCGCGACAGAUUCUCAAUGACAUCGUUGUUCGAGGUGAUGAAGUUCACUGGGACGAUGUCGCGGGGCUGGAAGCGGCCAAAAACGCGCUCAAAGAGGCUGUGGUCUACCCAUUCCUGCGCCCGGAUUUGUUUAUGGGGCUGCGGGAGCCUGCGAAGGGUUUGCUUUUAUUUGGGCCACCAGGAACCGGGAAAACGAUGCUUGCGAGGGCUGUCGCGACGGAAUCGAAGUCCACGUUCUUUUCCGUGUCAGCCUCCAGUCUGACUUCGAAGUGGCACGGUGAAAGCGAAAAGCUCGUUCGAGCUCUCUUCGCGCUGGCCAAGGCUCUCGCUCCUUCGAUCAUCUUCGUGGAUGAAAUCGACUCGUUGCUCUCGACACGAUCGUCCGGCACCGAACAUGAAGCGUCCCGACGGACGAAGACGGAGUUUUUGAUCCAAUGGUCCGAUCUGCAGCGUGCUGCCGCAGGACGGGAGCACUCUGAUAGCAAAAGAGAAGGCGACGCCAGCCGGGUGCUGGUUCUGGCAGCGACCAACAUGCCUUGGGAUAUCGACGAGGCGGCGCGGCGGCGAUUUGUGCGGCGACAGUACAUUCCGCUGCCAGAGGAGCAUGUUCGGGAGCAGCAGCUACGGAAACUGCUGAGCCAUCAGAAGCACGAUUUGUCGGAUGAGGAUAUUCAGGUGUUGGUCAAGGUGACAGAGGGGUUCUCCGGCUCUGAUAUUACGGCCCUGGCCAAGGAUGCCGCGAUGGGACCGCUUCGGAAUCUGGGGGAGGCUCUUCUGUAUACGCCGACGGACCAGAUCCGGCCCAUCCGGUUUGAAGACUUUGAGGCUAGUCUGUACACGAUCCGGCCGAGUGUGAGCCGGGAGGGGUUGCAAAAGUACGAAGACUGGGCUAGGGAGUAUGAUACAGCACUAUGCGGAAGUGAUUGGCUUAUAGUAUAUGAAAAAGAUAUGAAAGGAGUGGAAAAGAGGCGAUCUCUAAACAAGCUUUUCUGCCCUGCUCGGCAUCCGUCCGAGAGAGCAGUAACUCCGCAUGAUCUAUGCCAGUCCAGUACGGACUACUACUGGCGUACUUUGUAUCUACCCCCACGGGACACGGCAGGAAAGCCAUCCAUGAGGAAAUACAGAGUAUAUUGCCCAUGGGGUAGACAUGGGGGGGAAACCGGAGUAGACUUGCCGCAAUUGGCACAUCAUGGAUCAAGUCUCAGGUUUAGCGUGGGGGGAUUCCUGGAGCCUGGCGGAAUCCAGUCUGCUAGAGAUACAGAGAGAAGCAUCUCUGAGAGAGUGUGUGCGUAUGCGCCAGCAAUGGUAUACCUAGGGCUGAAAGGCAAUGGCCUCCUCAGCGGCAUUGCCCUCUCGUCGGGCAUGGGAUUCAUCUUGUUUGGAUACGACGACGGCGUCAUCGGCGGCCUCCUGACGGCCCCCAGCUUUGAAGCCGUUUUCCACCUGAGCAGCGGCCUCGAAGGCACCGUCACCUCGCUCUUCAUCAUCGGCUGCUUGGCUGGGUCGCUGUUCACGAGCUUCAGCAACGGCCGAUGGGGGCGCUUAACUCUCGUCCAUGCCGGCACGGUUGUCCUGAGUAUCGGCGCCGUCCUGCAGGCCUCGAGCUUCAGCGUCGCGCAGCUGAUUGUCGGCCGCAUCGUUGCGGGUGUCGGGCUCGGUCUCAUCACGAGCAAUAUCAUCGUCUGGCAGUCGGAGAGCGCGCCGCGCAAGAUUCGCGGGAUGAUGGUCGCUUCGGCGCUGAGUUGGUUGAUUGUGGGACAGCUCCUUGCCUACUGGAUCGAUUAUGCCAUGGCGAGCUACAACAGCAGUGUCGGCUGGCGCUUCCCAUUAGGGUUCCAAGCGUUCAUCGCCAUCCUGACCAGCGUCAUGCUUUUCUUCAUGCCUGAAUCCCCCCGAUGGCUAUUCCAGCACGACCGCCGUGAGGAAGCAACGCAGAUUCUGCGCCUUCUCCAUACUCAUCACGGCGUCGUCGACGAAGACGCCCUGGCCGCGACCAUUUCCGAGAUCUCCGAAGUCAUCGCUUUGGAGAGCAAGCAGAAAGGCUGGAAAGAGCUGCUGCUCAAGGAAGAUAAUGUCGGCUCCCGACGACGGGUGCUCCUGGCCUGUCUGUUGAAUGCCUGUCAGGCGUGGAGUGGCAGUACGCCUGUCAGCUACUACACCACCGUGAUCUUCGAAGACUCCGUCGGGCUCUCCCACCAGCUAUCGCUGCUCAUGUCCGGCUUCCUGCAGAUCUGGUUCCUGAUCGCCUCGUUUGGGACGUGGUACACAAUCGAGAAGGUCGGGCGACGGAGAUCCUUCAUGGUGACGGCCGUUGGGAUGGCGAUCGUCAUGGCCAUCAUGGCCGCCACGCUGGCCAUCGACACCAAGACGUCCGGUAUCGUGGCUGCAGCCAUGCUGUUCGUCUAUCAGAGUUUCUAUACCUGGGGGUUUAUGGGCGGGAUAUGGUGCUACGGCCCCGAAAUCCUCCCCCUCGCGCACCGCAUCAAAGGCUCCGGCCUGGCAACAGCCUGCCUGUGGCUAUCGACCUUUGUAGUGAUCGAGUUCGUGCCCACGGCCAUCGCCAACAUCGGCUGGCGGACAUACAUCAUCUUCGCCGUUUUCAACCUCGCGUUCGUGCCCAUGAUCUACUUCCUUUUCCCGGAGACGGCGGGGUUCACGCUCGAGGCGGUCGAUCUCGCUUUUAUGGAUAAGGAGAAAGGGCCCGUGAAGAAGGCGGAUGAGUUGUGGCGGGUUAUCAAGCGUGGAGGGGAGGUCGGUCUUAGGGGGGAGGUUGGCGAUGAGAAGGAGAAGAGAGUGGAGAUGAUUGAGGAGGUGAAGGUUUAG